AUGGCUGGUUGGAAUCAUCCAGGCGUGAAGGAAUUCCUUCUAGUAGGUUUAACUGAAAAUCCUAAAUUGCAGAUCCUUCUCUUUUUACUUUUCAUCAUUAUUUAUUUCAUCACUCUGAUAGGUAAUUGGGGGAUGAUCAUACUGAUCUGGUUAAAUGCCCAACUUCAUACUCCAAUGUACUUCUUCCUUAGCAACCUCUCCUUUUGUGAUAUCUGCUACUCUACUGUCUUUGUGCCUAAGAUGCUGGUCAAUUUCCUAUCAAAACACAAGUCCAGCACGUUUUCUGGCUGUGUUCUACAGAGUUUCUUUUUCUUAGUGAAUGUGACCACGGAAGGCAUCCUCCUGUCUAUGAUGGCUUACGAUCGCUAUGUAGCAAUAGUCAAUCCCUUGUUGUAUGCAGUCAUUAUGACCCAAAGGGUUUGUAUUUGGAUGGUCUUUGCAUCUUACUCGGGUGGUCUCAUUAACUCACUGACACACACAGUAGGUUUGCUCAAACUAGACUUCUGUGGUCCUAACAUUGUGAAUCAUUAUUUCUGUGACAUCCCCCCUCUUCUGAGGCUCUCUUGCUCUGAUACAUAUAACAAUGAAAUGCUGCUUUUGAUAUUCUCUGGGGUCAUUGCAAUGUUCACUUUCAUUAUCAUCAUGAACUCUUAUAUGUGUAUCAUCAUUGCCAUCCAGAGAAUCUGCUCAGCUGAGGGGAGACGCAAAGCAUUUUCCACUUGUGCCUCCCACCUGACUGCUGUGACCCUGUUCUAUGGGUCUGUGAUCUUUAGUUACAUCCAGCCAAGCUCUCAAUAUUCCCUGGAACAGAAGAAGGCCUCUGCUGUGUUUUAUACAUUGGUGAUCCCCAUGCUAAACCCACUGAUUUAUAGCCUAACGAAUAAGGAUGUGAAAGAUGCAGCAAAAAGGUCAAUAUGGUGGAAGAGAACCCCCACCUGA